GUUGCUGGCCAGGUGGCGGAUAGACCGGAAUGUUUUGGACGUAUGUUGUAUGUGAUGAAUGAGCAAUGCGGUAUUUGCCUGCUGUCACAAUUCCAGCCACUUCGCAGAUGAUGGAUGGAAAUAAGAUUCGGAUUAAGUUAUGUGCAGUUUGGUCUUCUCUUAUUCCUGUGGCCACUAGUUAGCUGCCAUCUCACAUGAGCUUGAGUCCUGCCACCUAUAAGAAUCAUCCAGCAUAUGGAAGAUGUUCAUGUGGAAAUGGAUAUUGCAAGCAAGUCAGGAUGGCUGCUGAGGAACAUCAGCAACUUUCUGCCUUUGUGAAGAGCAUACAUCAGAUGCUGAGAUCGGAGGCUCAGAAAAUUGGUGCUGACAAAGCAUGGAAAGAACACUGCAUGAAAACAGAUAUUUUGCAGAAAUAUGCAGUUUCAAUGCAGAAAUUGGCCUCUACAUUCUGGGAACAAAAUUCAGCAGAUGAAAAGAAAAGUGCUCAGUGCCGAAUAAAAUGGAUAGUUGAAAAAUGUGUGCUGUAUUUUUUUAAAGGAGAAAUGGAGAUGAGAAGGAUCAAAGAGAAGAAGAAAAUUAAGAAAACUGGAAAUGCUGUAGAAAAAUGUGGAGAAACAUGUGCUUUAUGUGUCAGAGUUAUUUCAAGUAAAGAAGUGCAAGGUGAUGGUGAAUGUCUUACAUUGUUGGAUGUUGGUAGUUGUUACAAUCCUUUCAGAGUAUAUCCAUUCUUAAAUGUUAUUCCUAUUGAUAUUGCUCCAGCAAAACCUGAUGUAUAUGUAUGUGACUUUCUAAAUAUGGCUGUUGUUGAAACUGAAGAACCAGUGAUUCUGAAUGGCAGGUCUGUUGUAGAACUUCCAGCAGCUACAUGUGAUGUUGUUGUAUUUUCUCUACUGCUGGAAUAUUUUCCAUCUCCAAAGCAAAGAUACUUAUGUGUCUGUAAGGCAUACAACCUUUUAAAACCAGAAGGUCUUUUGUUUAUUAUCACUCCAGAUUCAAAACAUUCAUCAGCAAAUGCCCCACUAAUGAAAAGCUGGAGAAUCACACUGGCACAGUUGGGGUUUUCACUAGGUUAUUAUGAAAAAUUACCACACAUUCAUUGCAUGGCAUAUCGGAAAGAUAUACACCCAGAAGUUGCGAAACACUGGGCAUAUUAUGAACUGCGCAAACAAAAUGGUGUAGAAACAAGUUCCAAGUUAUACAUUCCUCAAGAUUUUCAGGAAAUGCAAGAUAAAAGUGAUAAUAUACCACACCCAGAGGGUGAGAGAACAAUCCAAGACAAUGCAUCACUAGUGCAGAUGUUCUCACAGCUUCCAUAUAACUCCGAAUAACAUUAAAUUUGAGAAUAAAUUGGGAUUAUGGUUAUUGUCCAACACAUUAUAGUCAAGCAAAUAAAGGAAUGAUUUAAGCUUUUAAUGGACCUCAACAAAAAUCACAGUGUUCAGGUUUUGUAAGCCUUCCUUAACACUAGUUGUAGGAGUGUUCUGCAGCCUCAGAUGGUCCUCUAUUACCGGCCCCUAAUGAUUAGUGUGUCUGGAGAAUUUGUGGAAUGAUAACUGGCAUGGGAACACUAUUGUGCCUUAGUGUUACUUCAACCAUCUGCAAUUCCACAUGGACUGCCCAGAGAUUCAAUAUGUUGUCAUGUAUUAAGCACCAUCCCAUAGCGAUUCCAUUGGUGAAAUGGUAACUGCCAUGGAAAAAUUGUUGUACCUCAGUGUUACUUCAGCAAUCUGCAAUUCCACAUGGACUACACAGAGUUUCAAAAUGUCAUGUUUUAAGAGAGCUACUAUUCACACAGUUUUUUUUUUUUUCAAGGAAGGAAUACAGCUGUGAAACAUUUUCCCUUUGUGUGAUUUUUAUAUUGAAAUUCCCAGCAUGUGUCAUGUUUCAGAAUUUCCUGCACUCAUGUAUGAUGAAAAUGACGUGUUUGCAGACAGAGACUGACAUUCAGUUUGUGCAGUAUUGUGUACUUCACAAAUGUUUUAUCGUUUUAUUAAAAAUUUUACAGUGCCAGACAGGGCUAUAAGUUUGCAUGUGUAUGGAUCAUAAGAUGGCUGCAAAGUUCAUAGUAUUGACACAUGUGGUUACUUGUUAUUCUGAUACUUGUGCCUUUAUUAACUGUAUUGUCUGCUUCAUGGGAUUUCUAUAGUUAAAAUUCAUUAUAAUAA